AUGAAUGACGACGCCGAACUAUAUCGAAAAAGCAACACCCUACAGAAAAGGGAUGCUCUAGAAUGCUUAGAAGAAUACGCGAAAAAGAUUAAAUGGAAAUAUUUCCGUGCCCGUGUGAUAGACAUAGGAUGUGGAGAUGGUAGUGUAACGGCCAAUAUAUUGAGAAGAUAUAUACCCAAUAAUUUUUAUAAACUUGUCGGUUGCGAUAUAAGCCAAAAAAUGGUACAGUAUGCGAAUAAGCACCACGGGAACAGUCAGACCUAUUUCACGGUAUUGGAUAUAGAAGGUGGAAUGCCGUCAGAACUACGAGCAAGUUUCGACCACGCGUUUUCUUUCUACACUUUACACUGGAUCAAGCGACAAGAAUGCGCAUUCAGGAAUAUUUAUGAUCUACUGAGAGAAGGUGGUGACUGCUUAUUGAUAUUCCUUGGACAUAUGCCGGUGUUCGAUGUGUAUCGCAUCUUAGCUCGGAGCAGCCGAUGGAAGGCCUGGCUAAGAGAUGUUGACCGCUUCAUCUCGCCGUAUCAUGACACACAAGAACCAGAGAAAAAGAUAAAAGUAAUGAUGGAAAACAUCGGCUUUCGCAAUGUUGAAGUAAGACGAAAAGAAAGGUCGUUUGUCUAUGACAGCGUGGAAGCAGUGAAAAAAGCAGUAACUGCAGUUAAUCCGUUCAAAAUACCAAGUGACAUGUACGAUGACUUCAUGGAGGACUACGUGAGUGUUGUUAGAGACAUGAGACUCAUAGAUCAAGUUAACAAUAACAUAGAUGGAUUAGUCAGUGUUAGAACAAAUUAUAGUUUACUUAUAGCGUAUGGAAGAAAGUAA